AUGCAGACACAGGUGCAGAGGAUGGAGUCUCACUCACGGCAACUGGAGCUGAAGAUCAGGAACCACAACGAGCAGAUCGGCAGGUUAGAGGAGCGGGAGCUAGAGCUGAAGAAGGAAUACAACGCCCUCCAUCAGAGACACACAGAGAUGAUCCACAACUACAUGGAGCACGUGGAGAGGAUCAAACUGCAGCAGGUCAGCGACGCCUCAGAGUCCAGCGCCGUGUCACGAGUCCGGAGGGAGCGGCCUCAGUCCUGCAUCUUCCCCUCGUCCGCAGCCACGUCGCUGAUCCUCCCGGAGGCCAAGGCCAGAGCGGAGACUCCGGCUACAGAGGGCUGGAGGUUCACCGACCCGGCCCACGACCACUCCAAUGCCAGCCUCAAGCUGGACUUCACGGAGCUCCCCAAGGACAGGGAGGGUAAGGCGGCCCAGGACCCAGCCGCCUCUUGGGGCUCUUCUCUGGCCGACGACUGCAAGGAGGAGCUGUCCAACGUCUCCGGGUCUCAGUCCACAUCAACCCCGAGCAAAGACCCUGGGACCGGCUCCAGAGCAGUGGGAGCCACUGACAGAGACCAGAGCUCAGACGUGCAGGACAUCAUCGAGUCCACCCCCGAGCUGGACAUGGACCUGAUCGGUACCAGACCCUGCAGCACCCCCACAGAAGGCAUUGAGAACAAGGCCUUCGACCGCAACACGGAGUCGCUGUUCGAGGAGCUGUCGUCCGCCGGCACCGGGCUCAUCGGGGACGUGGACGAUGGUGCAGACCUGCUGGGUAAGGCUCACACACACCAGGAAGACUAUGUGGAACUGCCGAUCAUGAUCACCAGGUUUUACAGAUGGUUAUUAGGGAUGCACCGAUACAACACUGGUGUCAGGGUCGGAACUAGAUCAUUAACGGGACGGAAGCGGCAGUAA